UCAAUCGUGUUCUUUUAUUUUUAUUAGUCUUUCUGGGCGUAUUAAUAAAUUGUUUGAAAUUUCUUCAAGAUUCUUAUAAAUAUUAUUGAAUUUUUUUCGAUUUGAAAUGGUGACUCCCGCUUUACAACCAUGGGAAAUUGUGGGCUGGUCUCCCGAGCAAGAGCAGAUAAUUUAUCGUGACUGGGGCCGAUUCUUUACCCAUAGACAACAAUUGGAUACAGCCGUACAUUAUUACAAUAAAUCAUUGGAACUUAAAUCAAAAGAUCCCAAAACGUUAUACUUCCGCAGUCGCUGUAAACGAAAUAUAGCUCAAACUAUGGGAGCACUGGACGAUGGAAAAACUGCAGCGGCCUUUGAUGAUUUUAAUGCUCGCAUAAAUUUAGAAAUUUGUGAUGCCUUAUAUGAAUUAAAUCAAUUCGAAAAUUGUGCAGUAGAACUGCAUGAUAAUACUCGAAAAUUUUGUCGCAGUAGUGAGGCUGGUUUUUUAAAUCGUUUGGUGGUGGUCGAAGAGAAUUUGAAAGAUUCCUUAGGCGAUCCUUUGGGUUCGUUCAUAUUAAAAAGUGGCAAACACUUUGCAGCAGUUGCAGAGGAUUUUGAAAGUAACCAACACAUUGAUGCACGACCUUUGUGGAAAAUUCUAAAGGAGCAGGACGGAUGCGACAUCAUAAGUAUUUUGGAAAAAGAGGAGGUCUUACUGUCCCCUCUUGAGUUGGCUCGUCGCCGUCGUGCCUUUAAGGUUUGCAAUCAAAUCUAUUUAAAGAAAACAUGGAUCGAUGUAUUUUUCCUAAAGCAUUUGCAAGAGAACAAAAACUUCCUUUUGCCCCAGUCAAAGGGGUCAACACCAGUUUUACAUAGUUUGUGUACCACAAAAUGUGAUGAAGUCACGAAAUUUUUGAAAAUGCUACAAGCUCGAUCUCCUUUGUAUGCGGAAAAACUACGUAUGUGUCCAAAUAAACGUCUUGGGCAGAAACGACGAGACGAGUAUCUGAAUCGUGUUCAGUACCAAACGCGUCGAACAAUAUUAUCACAGUUGCGAGCUAUACGCCGACUAAGGAAUGAGGGCGACAUUGAGAAGCUUUCAAAAUAUGUAGAAGAAGUAAUGGGUGAUUACGUGGUCCUGAAAAGCCUACGCGUAAUGCCCUGGAAAGUUGAAUUCAUUAACGAGGUCUAUAAUACACUGGCAUUGGCCCAUGUCGACUCCUAUACUCUAUUGGAGGAUGUUUUACAAACACAUGGCAAAGAACGCUUAUUGCGUCUUCUACGGAUGCCCACCGAUAAAUUGAAGGAUAUAGUUGAGUUUGUGUUCGGUGAUAAAUCAACAUAUCGUGAAGCGGAUGCUCCCAAUUACGAUCAAAUGGCAUAUCAGAAAUUCUUGGCUCGUUUGCAGAAACGCUUGAUCUUCACCAAAUAUCCUGUGGAAAAAUGCUAUUUGCUGCACGAAAUUGCCAGAGUGCAUUUGAAGCAGAGUUCUUUUGAACAGUGUUGCUCAUGGGCACGCAAAGCCAUUGAAGCAUCGGAGCAUUCCAAUAACCUUCUAUGGCAGUUGCUUAGCAUCAUGUUAAUUGUUAAGGCCCAUGCUGCUCUCCAUAAGCUUGAGAGUGGUAAAGAGGCUCUGAAAGAGGCCAUGCCAAUUGUGAAGCGUUUGGCCAUUCCUAAACUGUGCUCGUUUAUUGAUUUCUGCCAUGACCUAAAUGAACAAGAGAUCGCCCUGAAAAAAAGCAGCCAAUCUAUGGAUUCAAUGCGCAAACGUCGUAGUCGUAGUCGUGCCUCCAUCAGCAGCCGUAAUUCUAGUCAAUCGAAAAAUGGUUCGGAGAAUGGUGAUAGUGCUAAAGCAACGAUUUCUACUGCUCGCGCUUCUGAUGGAGCGGGGGAUGGAGUGUGAGAGAAUUUGUUAUAAAAAACAAAAUUGACAGUUAAGUGAUCUUUUGGAAUCGAUUGUAAAUAAAAGUUCGACGGUAGUACACCAUUACUACGUAUGAGUAACACCAUUACUACGUAUGAGUAACACCAUUACUACGUAUGAGUAACACCAUUACUACGUAUGAGUUGCAAUUUCCAUACGCCAUUAUGUCUCAGUUUUUACGAAUAAAAUAAAAGACGAAAAUAGCCAGACAUCGUA